UUUAAAAAAUAAUAAAAAUUGUGCUAAAGGGGAAAGUCAUAGAAGAGGGAAACAGUUGUGAUAAACUGAUGGAUAAGAACUUGUUGUCAAAAGUAUGCACGGAACUGAUAAAGAUCUUUAAGGCGAGUAUUCAGACUGUACUGGUAAGAUAACCAAGGCAUAGGAACAGAUCAUUUCAUUUGAAGCCCAGAUAAUAAGGUGAGAUGUGGAAAAGUGUUCAGCUUCCUAAACACAAAAGAUACUUAAGUUAAAACAGCUCUGAGGUGGUACUUCAGUUGGCCUAUAAUAUUAGUGACAAAUGGAUCAAAUUUUUAAAACCUGCUGUUGAGGCCCGUGGGUAAGAAAAUAGGGUACCACUAAUGUUCCUGAACAGUGGAGCUAUUUUUCUGGAGAGCAUGGCGACCUUGGAUGACAACAGCGGUGACACUGUUUAUACAUUUUGACUACUAUUUUUACUUCUAGGAAUAAGUCCCACAGAAAUAAUCCCAAAGGGCAAAAAACCAACUUGUCCAAAGAUGGAAAAAAAUUGGAAGUAAUCCAAGUACAGGUAAUUAGGGGAUGGUUAAAUAAACUCUGUGACAACAAUGGAAUACUUACCCAUGUAUAGAUAUACGUGGAAUAAAGUUAAGUGGAAGAAGAAGAACGUGGGAUUGCUUACCUGCGCUAAUAGCGACCAGGUAAAAAUCCCGGCACACGUAUGGAUAAGAAUCUGGAAAAGCUCAGAGCUUAUUUGAUGUGUUUUCAAUUAGGUUUUGUUCCCUGUAAAAUUGUUAAUGUGUAAUGCAGGUUUUUAAAAGAAGAAAGGAGGGGGAAAAUUCUGGUAGUAAAAAGAGGAACCGUGGGCAGCGUGUUGUGGUGGAGAGACGGCACUGGGCAAGGCGUCCACAUGGCUGGAUUUGAGUCACUACAUUGCCAUGUGGUUUUGGGCAAGUUGCCUAUCUUCUCCAGCUCCCUUGUCUCCACCCCAGAAGGAGGUAAUGGUGACCCACAAAUUAGAUCCCAGGAGUUCUUGGCUUCUGAGCGAACGCUCUUUUCAUUAACAGCUUUGCAGAGUGCUGGGGGCCCUUGCCUGCUCUCCCUCGUUUUGUCCCCAUCUCUGCAGAAUGUCUGUAGUUCGGCGGCAGAUCGACUUCUAGCGUGGCAGCAGAGAGGGGGAGACAGACAAACACGCUCCAAAACAAGGCAGCCAACGGGGCCGUGGCAAAUAACCCUGAGAAGGCACUGUGGCCCCCGGGAAACAUGAAACAGAGAUAUGUGUCCCUUCUGUUCCAGAAUGGGAGAUAUGGCCCAAGAGGAAAAGACAGAGACUUAGAGAGAACAUUUUGUUGAGCGGAUUCAGAUUUACCAGGCAGGUGAACUUUUUUUAGAAGAUGCACUUGUGGACAAGGCAUGCAGGGAAGGAGGCCAGCCACUUAUCUGGUUUGGGACACUUUGGGGCCUAACCAGUAAACUCUAGUGUCGAGCUCCUCUACUUGGGAACUGAGUCACCUUGAACUUCUUAAACCCAUCCCCAGUUUCCCCGUUGUGAAUGAGGAUAACCUCUCCAUCCCCCUCGUUGGUUGUGAGAACGACUUAGGAUGUCGUGCUUAAAUGUUCUCUGUGCUUUCAGUUACUAUUUGUCAAGGUUUUCCCUGAAUGCCUGCCAAAAAAGGUGUGAUGCUGGAUCCCACAGGGAAUCCAGAGCUGUCUGAAUUCUUGUCCCUGCCUCUGGGGAGCUUAUACAGCCCGGAGGGGGCAGUUACACAAAUCCCUGCAAAGGUGAGUCAUGAGAAGGCAGCAAGGGCGGGUAUGGUGUUUUUAGGAUAAGGGAAAUUUCGGCCAUUCAUGACAAGGGGCUAGUGACUAGUCAAGAGGCAGAGCGUGGAGAUGCCCGUGAGAGAGGCGGUGUCUGAUGGGGGAAGGUUCUAGAAGGUCUGAGGUGGAUUUGUGCAGCCCUGUAGGAUGUACUGAGCACAUCCAUGUCUGUUCCCUCAUUUGAGCCUCUGGCAACCUGUGAGGUGAGGGCACUGAGCUUCGCAGGGAUGGAAGGGAUCUGAGCUCCUUCCUGGGCUGACUUGGGCCCAGGACAGGGUCCUCUCACCUCCUCUCCUGUGCUCCUUCAUCUGUACCACUCGUCCUCUCAAGAAGGCCCUGGCUCUGGAGGAUGCUGAAGGAGGAAGACACGGAAGCAGCACGGCCCUGAAGGAUUAAGCCUCUUAAUCCUGCAACAGAACCAGGUCUCCUCUUCCCACCUGCCCAGCAGCAUGAGAGCAGCAUGACUGGCCAGCCGCAGGAGAAGCCCCCAGAGCCAGGCCCCCAACUCGACCAUCUGCUGCGGAGGUCAAGGUGUGAGCGGCAUCUCUUCACCACAGUGGUGUUUGGUCCGUACCUCAGCCCGAGUGAGGAUGUAAAACCCCCCGCUCUGCAAAGAAGUGGUACAGGCCAACAGGAACACUUGGCUCCAGCCACGAUCACAGACAUGUCAGCCGUGGAGUAGUGUGGACGCUAUCUCUCAGCUUCUCAGGGUUUCAGUCCUUUUGGGUUUGUUUCAUUUACCUUUUUUUAUGGUUUUGUGGCUGGACAUUCACGACCAAGGUGGGCACCAUGGGGGAUCAGCAGCUGUACAAGACCAACCACGUGGCCCACGGUGGUGAGAACCUUUUCUACCAACAGCCAGCACUUGGCGUCCACAGUGGGCUGAACCACAACUAUGGGAAUACAGUCACAGGGGCUGCCAUGGAUGCCCCUCAGGCCUCGCCCAUCUCCCCCCACUUCCCUCAAGAUACUCGGGAAGGUCUAGGCUUGCCUGUUGGCUCCAAAAACCUUGGCCAAGUGGACACCUCGAGGCAGGGAGGGUGGGGAGGCCAUUCAGGGCCUGGAAACCAUGUCCAGCUACGUGGCAACCUGACCAACUCAAACAUGAUGUGGGGGACACCGGCCCAGGCUGACCCCACUGAUGGCUACCAAUACACCUACGCCCAGGCCAGUGAGAUCCGGACUCAGAAGCUCACCAGCGGUGUCCUGCACAAACUAGACUCUUUCACCCAGGUGUUUGCCAACCAAAACCUGCGGAUUCAGGUCAACAAUAUGGCCCAGGUGCUGCACACCCAGUCAGCAGUGAUGGAUGGGGCCCCUGACAGUGCCCUUCGCCAGCUGCUGUCCCAGAAGCCCGUGGAGUCCCCAGCACCGGCUAUACCUUCCCGCUACCAGCAGGUGCCCCAGCAGCCUCACCCUGGUUUCACUGGCGGGCUGUCCAAACCAGCUCUUCAGGUUGGGCAGCACCCUAGCCAGGGGCACAUGUAUUAUGACUACCAGCAGCCACUGGCUCAGAUGCCAGUGCAGGGAGGACAGCCCUUGCAGACGCCACAGAUGCUGUCCCAGCACAUGCAACAGAUGCAGCAGCACCAGUAUUACCCACAGCAGCAACAGCAGCAAGCUGGGCAGCAGCGUAUGUCGAUGCAAGAAAUGCAGCAGCAGCAGCAGCAGCUUCGCCCACCACAGCCUCAGCAGCAACAGCAACAGCAGCAGCAGCAGCAGCUGCAGCUCCAGCAGCGGCAGGGUUCAAUGCAGAUACCUCAGUAUUAUCAGUCCCCACCCAUGAUGCAGCACUUGCAAGAGCAGCAACAACCACAGAUGCACCUGCAGCCCCCUUCUUAUCACAGGGACCCCCACCAGUACACCCCGGAGCAGGCGCACGCCGUCCAGCUGAUUCAGCUGGGCUCCAUGCCCCAGUACUACUACCAGGAGCCCCAGCAGUCCUACAGCCACCCCCUCUACCAGCAGAGCCACCUGCCCCAGCACCAGCAGCGUGAGGACAGUCAGCCCAAGACUUACCCCAGCGAGAGGCAGGCCCAGGCCAUGCUGAGCUCCCACGGGGACCUGGGGCCUCCUGAUGCAGGAAUGGGAGACCCAGCGAGCUCGGAUCUGAACCGGGUCAGCAGCGCCCUCCCCCAUCGGCCACUCCUGUCCCCCAGUGGGAUCCAUCUCAACAACAUGGGGCCUCCGCACCAGCAGCUGUCUCCCAGUGCCAUGUGGCCCCAGAUGCACCUACCUGAUGGCAGAGCCCAGCCAGGGUCCCCUGAGUCAAGUGGCCCACUAAAAGGAGUGUUUGGGGAGCAAUUUGAUGCCAAGAACAAGCUGACGUGCUCCAUCUGCCUGAAGGAGUUCAAGAGCCUGCCUGCCCUGAAUGGCCACAUGCGGUCCCACGGGGGAAUGAGGGCCUCCCCCAGCCUCAAACAGGAGGAAGGAGAGAAGGCCCCGCCGCCUCAGCCCCAGCCGCCACUGCCGCCUCCGCCGCCACCGCAGCUCCCUCCCGAGGCAGAAAGCCUCACGCCUAUGGUCAUGCCCGUGUCUGUCCCUGUCAAGCUUCUCCCGCCCAAGCCCAGCUCUCAGGGCUUCGCCAACAGCGUCGUUGCCGCCCCCUCCGCCAGAGACAAGCCAGCCAGCUCGAUGUCGGACGACGAGAUGCCCGUGCUCGUGAGGAUGACCCUCUCCCCCCCACACUCACCCCAAGGGGCUGCCCCCCGCACGCCUGCUGAAAUUCCCAGGAAGCAUCAGCCGGGCGUGGCCAAAGCUGAGGAGCCCCUGAAGCCCGCUCCGGAGAAGAAGUGCCGCCGGCACCGGCCCGAGCCGCUCUUCAUCCCGCCACCGCCCUCCUACCACCCGAGCCCCGCCGCCUCCGUCUCGGGCGCCACCCUCUACCAGAGCCAGCUGCGCUCCCCGCGCGUGCUCGGGGACCACCUGCUCCUGGACCCCGCCCACGAGCUGCCCCCCUACACGCCCCCGCCCAUGCUGAGCCCGGUGCGCCAGGGCUCGGGGCUCUUCAGCAACGUGCUCAUCUCGGGGCAUGGCGCCGGCGCCCACCCGCAGCUGCCCCUCACGCCCCUGACGCCCACGCCGCGCGUGCUGCUCUGCCGCUCCAACAGCAUCGAUGGCAGCAAUGUGACGGUCACCCCAGGGCCUGGAGAGCAGACGGUUGAUGUUGAACCACGCAUCAACAUUGGCUGGAGAUUCCAAGCCGAGAUCCCAGAACUCCAAGAUGUCUCUGCCCUGGCCCAGGACACACACAAGGCCACCCUGGUAUGGAAGCCCUGGCCAGAGCUGGAAAACCAUGACCUCCAGCAAAGAGUGGAGAAUCUCCUGAAUUUGUGCUGUUCAAGUGCGUUGCCAGGUGGAGGGACCAAUUCUGAAUUUGCUUUGCAUUCUCUCUUCGAGGCCAAAGGUGAUGUGAUGGUUGCUCUGGAAAUGCUGCUGCUGCGGAAGCCCGUCAGGUUAAAAUGUCAUCCUUUAGCAAAUUACCAUUAUGCUGGUUCGGACAAGUGGACCUCCCUAGAAAGAAAACUGUUUAAUAAAGCACUCGCCACUUACAGCAAAGACUUUAUUUUUGUACAGAAGAUGGUGAAGUCUAAGACGGUGGCUCAGUGUGUGGAGUACUACUACACCUGGAAAAAGAUUAUGCGGUUGGGGCGGAGGCACCGGACACGCCUCGCGGAAAUCAUCGAUGACUAUGUGACGAGUGAAGAAGAAGAGGAGUUAGAGGAGGAGGAGGACCCGGAAGAAGAUAGGAAAUCUACAAGAGAAGAGGAGAACGAAGUGGCGAGGUCCCCGGAGCCACCACCAGGCCCCAUCCUGGCUCCCACAGAGGGGCCGCCCCUGCAGGCCCUCGGCCAGCCCUCGGGCUCCUUCAUCUGUGAAAUGCCCAACUGCGGGGCUGACUGUAGAUGUCAUGUCACUCCCUUUCUUCCCCAGGUGUUCAGCUCCCGACAGGCACUGAACGGCCACGCCCGCAUCCACGGUGGCACCAACCAGGUGACCAAAGCUCGGGGUGCUGUCCCCCCUGGGAAGCAGAAGCCUGGCAGCGCCCAGAGCGGGUACUGCUCGGUGAAGAGCUCGCCCUCUCACAGCACUACCAGCGGCGAGACAGACCCCACCACCAUCUUCCCCUGCAAGGAGUGUGGCAAAGUCUUCUUCAAGAUCAAAAGCCGAAAUGCCCACAUGAAAACUCACAGGCAGCAAGAGGAACAGCAGAGACAAAAGGCUCAGAAGGCGGCUUUCGCGGCUGAAAUGGCAGCCACAAUCGAGAGGACUACGGGGCCAGUGGGGGCGCCGGGGCUGCUGCCCCUGGACCAGCUGAAUCUAAUCAAACCCAUCAAGGACGUGGACAUCCUCGACGACGACGUGGUCCAGCAGUUAGGAGGCGUCAUGGAAGAGGCUGAGGUUGUGGACGCCGAUCUCCUCCUGGACGAUCAAGAUUCAGUUUUGCUUCAGGGUGACACGGAACUAUAAAGCCCUGUUGGUCGCUUAGAGACAGCAAAAACCCAUGGCCUCCAUCUUCAUUAAUCAGGAAACCUGGACUGCCUGCUUGUUUUGUAACCAUUUUAAACUACCUGUUUAAAAAGUGGUCGUUUUAUUGCGGUUUAGAAAAAAAAUUCCAGUUUUUCUUUUAUUUAAAAAAAAUUUGUUUUUGUGGGAGGUUGGGGGGAAUAAAUAAUUGGCACAACUCUGUUUAAGAGGUGUUUCAUCUGGGCUACAUUCCCGUGAAAUCAUUCCUGGCAGGGAAUGAACCUGACAUUCGUGGUCUUUGGCUUUCAGAUGUCAACUGUCCUGGUUGCCUUUUAUCCCAAAGCUUGCAGUGAGUGUGUGUAUGGGUAUGUGUGUGUGAAGCAGGCUACCCUCUUCGUGCUGGGACCUUGGGCCAUCCUCUCCCACCAAGAGUUGUUUUUGUUCUGUUCUCACCUCAUUCUGUAGUUUGCAGUGAACUUGGCAUCUUUGCCAGGAGACUAUGCCAGGGGGUAGCUUUUCAGAGAGCAAAAAGCAAGCCCUCGUGUUCCAUGGCUUUCCUCUAGCACACAUGUCAUUUGAAAAGUUGACCAAAUGUGAAAAUAAGUUUUCUCCCCACCUUGUGUGUCACUCAUUGGCCUGUUUCUCAGAACUGAGUACUGUAUAAUUUCUGGCUUGCACUCCCCAGCAGUGAGUUACUAAAGACCUGGUUCAUAGAGCAAGUGCGUCCUCUUCCAUGUUCCCCCGGGGGCACCGGUUGGCUCUGACUCAUGGGUUGGCAGAACCGUGUUUCAGCGUGAGCCAUCUGGAGAUGUUUGUGGAGGAAAAUAACCUCAACUAUUAAGUUGCUAAGGCUGUUGUUCGGGAGGGUGGUUGAGGGGCACACCUUGAAGUAUCUGGAAUGCCAACAAGGGUUUUUUCCCCCAAAAACCAAAUCAGAAGAGCCCAUUCCUUUUUGCAACACUGUUAGUGGUCAGUGGAGUUCUGUAAUUACUUUGUGCCGCUUGGAAGUACUGUGAAACCUCAUUCACCGGGAUUUUGCUAUAAUUCUCCUAUGCUGGACCGAAGUUUACCUUGACGCUAGCUAUGCGAAAAAACGUUUUCUAACAAAUUUGAUAGCAAAUACAAGGGAAAUAGCAUUAAAGGCCCACAAAAAUGGUUUCAGAUACCACUUUACCUGCAAUGUUUGCAUUCAAACAAUGAAUGUAUUCAUUAAAGUCAUUUACCAAAGCACUUCUAGAAUUCUCUAUGCCACAAAAUUCUGCUCUGCCUCCUCCUGUUCCGAUAGCAGGGUUGCUGUUUGUACUUGAAGGUAAUAAACCUGUAAUCCUUCAAAAAUGGCUUUUAGCUCAGGCUUUUGAGCUGAGUCAGACUGCCCCAUCCCACUGGGGCAAAUGAGUGCGCACCUUCAGACUGGGACACAGCCCCAGCACAAGCGGGCUGCUUCUGGUGGCUCCCCCUUAGCAGUAAUGCUGCAUGACUUCCAGGACGGGGGCUUUCAGGCCCUGCCCCACCCCAGGUAGGCUGGUUUCCCAGCUCGUGGAGGUGUGGCGGUCAUGCCAGGCCAGUUUGCUGGCACGUGAACAGCUUGACAUUAAUGUGAAUGUCAGUGGAAGCGUGAGGACAAGCCUUGAGCAUCUUUUAAGUCUGUCUCUGCAAAAGCAUUUCAUGCACACUCGUGGGCCACAGCGGCCCCACACAGGCAACGUUCUCCGAAUCUCAGGAAAGCCAUGGACAAAAGAUAAAUGCAAAGGUUCUUUUCAUUUCCAUCACUCUGUUUUCAGAAAAGAGGUCUUGGGGAGAUUUCCUUCAUCUUUUCUUUAGGGGAAAAAAAAAGCAUUUUAUUUGCUGCCAUUUCAGACAGGUCAUUCUAUCCUGUGUUUUGAGUUCAGAACCGCCUGGGCCAUGUGCAUCAACUUUAUGGCAGAGCUAUUCCAGAACCAUUCCGACUGUAGCAUGGGCUGAUCGCAUCUGUCUCCGUGACUACUUCCCGCCGGUCGCGGGUGUAUGAGAGUGAUUCUGGAAUGCUUCUGCUAUUGGAUCUAUGAAAGCUUAUCUAUCAAAGGAGCAAACACCCAGAAAAAUGUUUAUAAAGCAAAUGUAUUAGUUCUGUUUGGAGAUUUGCCCAGCCGUUCCAGUUUUAAACCUUAAAAAUAAACGGAGUUGCCAAGGCAAAAAUAUAAUGCACAAUUUAAUUUUGGUUUUCCAUGCAGUAUAGUGUUUAAGCAUUUUUGACUUGAAAUAACCAAAGAACUCCUCCUUAAAGAGACAGUUCAAAUUCCUGAAUUAGUAUUUCUUGACAAUAUCAACUUAAAGAAUGACUUCAUAGUAAAAUAUUGCACUUAUUUUUUUUCUGAAAUGAUUCUGCCUGCAUGUAUGUGAUGUGUUUUAGCUUCCCCCCACUGCUCCCCACCCCAAAGAACUUUUCUUCCUAAUGGUUAAUGUCUUCAACACGGUUACUGUUUACUAUAGAUGGUUUUUCAUUAGUGAAUUUAGACCUCUUUAAGAAAGCUUGUAUAUAAAAAGUUAACAGAUAUAUUUUAUGGAAAAACUCAUCUUAUUUUCAAAUAUAUUUAACUGCUGUUAUAUUUUAUUAGAGGAAGGUUGUAAAUAUUUUCUAGGAGUUCUAUUGUAAAGAAAAGUAUUUUUGAAAAAAAUUAAUGUAAUAAAAAUGAAAACAUUUUUAAA